UCUGGAAAUAAUUAUUACAAAGUGUCACACCUGUUCAAUUACAUGAACAUGGGCUUUGUAGGGAAGUCUACAUUCUUUAACAUUCAGGACACCUACUGCUUAGGGGCAAUAAAGGACAUGUGGGAGAGCAAGAGUUCAGCCGCCAUUCAACGUCUGAAGACUAAGGAUGGCGUAGUUGUAUUAGGUGAUGGACGAAUGGAUAGCCCUGGCUACUGUGCCCAGUAUUGCUCUUACACAACAAUGGAGAAUGAUUCAAAGGAAAUUAUCUCUGUUGUGACUAUAGAUAAAAGGCAGACUGGGCGGAAUUCAGUAGUCAUGGAGAAAGAGGCGUUUGUAACAACAAUGGACAAGCUUCUCAGCGAACUAAAGAUUUCAGAAGUAUGCACUGAUGCUCAUGCACAAAUUGCAUCUACUAUGAAUCAAACGACUGGACGAUACAAGGGCACAGGAGUUGUACACUCAUGGGACGUAUGGCAUGGAGCCAAGAAUUUAGCCAAGAAGAUUUCGGCAGCGGCUCAGCAAUCUGGACAAAAGAUCCUGCUGCACUGGGUGAAAGACAUUGUAAACCAUUUCUGGUUUUGCUGUAAAAAUGCAGACACGGUACAGCAGUUCCUUAAACUAUGGAGCAGUUUGCUUCACCAUGUGACAAACGAGCACGAAUGGUACCUUGGACACUGCCUUCAUGGCAGCCUGCCAGAGAACCAAGACAAGCAAUGGCUGGAGAGUGGUUCUAAAGCUCACAAGGCACUGGAAGCUGUAGUUCUCAAUAAGAGUUUGCUCAGAAAUGUUCACCGAUAUUUACCUUUCAGAUCGACCUGUCAGCUGGAAUCAUUCCACAACCACUUGCUGAUGUACGCCAGCAAACGCUUCAGCUUCUCACCGCUGGUCUAUGAGGCAAGAACUCUCCUGGCAGCCCUGGAUUAUAACCACCAUAAAGACCGACCACCACUGCUCAACAAAAAUGGCCAAAAGAUCUUUCGCAGACUGUUCCAGAAGAAAACUGGUAGAUGGACAGUAUAUGCCUUGAAGGUGGCAAAAGACUAUAGUUACAUUCCUGAUCUGCAAGCGGCAAUUGUGCGUGCAAGACUCCAGGCUGAUAUGGGGAUGCCAAGACGAAGGCCUCCAAGGCCGGAAGAUCCCCGGACAAUGGGCCUCCUUCCAAGGGUCGAACCUCCAUCAAUUGGCUGCAUUCUUGAGUCACAUGUCAGUAGGGGCAUAGAUGCAGUGAGGGAGUGAUUUCCCAACAUCGAGGGGGCAGAGAUCCGGGACCUUCUACGGAGGAAGUGCAACAAUGCCAGUUACAAGGCCUCCAGUAGUUCAAAUCAGAGCUAGAUGUGCAUAUAGUACAAGUUGUUCGCAAUUGUUCUCUUCCCGGCAUUUCAAAGAAAGUCGACUGUUUAAGGUUCCCAUUUUGCCAAUAUCUGUUUUGUGUGUUACUUUUGUGUCAAUAAUAAAGAUCCUUUUUUGAAAUGCA